CAUGGCGAGCAUGGGCCAGAUGCUGAGCAUGAUGGGGAAUAUGGAUUUCUUUGGAGAUCUCACAAAGGGAGCAAAGAAGCUCAUGGCUGCUGAAAAGAAGGGCCAUAUCCCUGAUGACCUUGAUUUUGGUGUCAUGCCUGUUUGCGCGUCGUGCAAGCAGAACAUCAUUCCGCCAAAGAAACCUUUGCGAUGCACGGCGUGCAAGGCAUGUAGCAAGCAAGACUGGAACAACGGAACAGGGCUAAAGUUCUUUACGCACAAGCAGCUAUGUCCUGACAAUAAGAGACACAUGCUACGUCUCCCAGAAACUCAAGCGAUCCUAACCUCCUUUCCUUGGGGCCGUCUCGAAACAGAUGGCACAUUUAACGACAGCAUCGCCCGGGGCCGCUUCGACGUACUCGGAGGGUCCGGCUUUGGUUUCUGGAGUCACAGAGGCGGACCGAUUCCCCACCAGAACAUGGGAGAGCUCGGAAAAUCUUUGGCCGAGGGAUCGCCCUAUGCUUCUAUGCUUAAAUCCAUGCUCGGGAAAUUCGACCAUCUCGGAUGGGAAAGACCUCUUGGAUGGAUUGGUUGGGACGCGUGGCACGAAUGGCGGAGGCUUCCCAAGGAAUCCCCCGCUGCGCUGCUUAUGAGCUUUCCUCUGAGCGCGUAUUGGUUGAUUGUGCAUUGUUUGAAGGGAAAGAGAGUACAGCUUCGCAUCCAUGCGAUUGGUGCCGAAGUGGAGUUGAACUAUCUUCCAUUGUUUUCUGAAAUAGCACUCUUGUUGCCGUAUCAUGAUAUCAAGCUUGUGCUCUUUGGUCAGAGCGUCGAGAAACUCGUCAAAGAGGCGAAGAAAUCCCAUCCACAAUCCCUUGUCGCCAAAUCGAAUACUUCUUCGCCAGUCUUUGCGUAUAAAACUCCGAAGGAAUGCGGGAGCGGUUCCAUCGAGAUAUUCCUGCACGGAGAUUCGCCUACCUGGUCUCCAGACCUGAUGGGUUCCAGCUCUGGACGCCCUGACGCGAUCAUCGCAUUUAACGCCGGGCUUGCGUCGUACCGAGAAUGGAUUCCCGUCAUCCAGGCGGCGCAUCUGGCGUCGAUUCCUUUUGCUGUCACGGAAUACGCGGAACAGUCCUGUGAACAACAGCGUUCUACGAUUCCGCGGAUGCUAGGACCUCGUGUGCCUGCGAGGAAGGAGUAUGAGAUUGCGCUGAACCCGUUCCAGACGCCGGGUCAGCGGGGUAUACCGAUGUACCGUUUGCCUAAUGUGGUGAAUGGGUUUACGCUAGUAGUUUGGAAGGAGGAUGUUGAUGUCGAAUCUGGAAGUGAACUUGGAGCUGUGGAACAAGAGGGUCUGGAAGAGUUGGAUUGAUUUUUGUAAUAUAAAAAUUGAGUAGAGAAGAUAUAGUAACAGAUGUACAAUGAAUUGAAUAUAUAGCUUGCCUGUAAACAGGAUGUCCA